GUUUAUAUUUGCUUGAUUUGCAUGAACUGCUUAUUUCAUAAUCAGGAUUUCAUUGAAGAAUAUUAAGUAAAAUGGGUGGGGUGCUUGCGUUGGGUAAGACACAUCUCCAAAUUUCCUCAGUUGGUACCGUAUUCAACCCACAUUUCCAGGCUCCACAGUUAGGUACUACAGUAUUCAAGAAACAUUUCUGCAUUUUUACACUUCCACGGUUGAUAACUGAAGUAUUGAAGAAAUUUUCACAAUUUCAACAUUUCCACACUUCCAUAUUUAGUAACUUUAGUAUUCAAGACACAUUUCCACAUUUCCACACUUCCAUGGUUGGUACCUUAGGUAUUCAAGACACAUUUCCAGAUUUCCACAUUUCUGCAGUUAGUUACUGAAGUAUUCAAGAAAAAUUGUCUUCAUUUUUACACUUCCACAGUUGGUAACUCAAGUAUUCAAGUAUCAAGUAUCCUACAGGAGGUAAAGUCUACAAUCUACAAUGUCCUACCAUUUCUGCAUAGGCCUAUCAGCCGCCAGCACCCCACCCGAGACCGAAGAAGGUGAAACCUGCAUAAUUCAUGUACAGUUUCAUGGCACUGGUCGAAAUGACUACAGAGUUGAUCAUGAAAAGCUCGAAAGGACUUUUCUGACAGAGUAUUUGAAAACAAUCGAGGGGCCAGACUUCAACCAGAAGCUAAUGAAGUUGACAUUUGAUAUCAAGCCAUCUGACGAAAUGAACAGCUUCUGCAAAAGCGUUUUAGAAAGAGGGAUAUUUUGUCGUCAACAUUCGUACUUCUUCCUUGGCCACUCGGAUGAACAACUGAAGACAAAAUCCUGCUACUUGAUGAGAGCAACACCGGAAGAAAUUCAAGAGCUUUUGGCAAAGUUUGGCGACUUUUUUGAAGAGAAAAACCUAGGAAAGCGGGCAAGAAAAAUUGGAAUGCUUUUCUCCAAGCUCAACAACGUCGUCCCGUUGGCUACAAAGGAGUACAAAGUGCAGCCAGACAUUAAAGGCGGUAUUACCAGAUCAUACACUUUCACUGAUGGAUGUGGAUUUAUGUCUCCUGAAUUCUCUUCCGAAGUACAGCGAGUCUUCGAGCUUGACUAUCAGCCCAGCGCUGUCCACGUCCGCUAUCGAGGCAUCGAGGGUAUGCUGGUACUCAAAGAAGAUUUGGCAGAUGUUAAAGUGCUGUUCCACAACUCAAUGCAGAAGUUUGUUACCCCAGAUGAGAACAUGCCUGAAGGGUUCAGCUUCGCUGAUGUUGUGGAUUAUUCCCGGCCCUACGUCAACGGAUACCUUGACACCCGAAUGGCUAUGCUUCUUUAUGAUAGAGGAGUGUCCGCUCAGAACCUAUACGACUUGCAGACAGGCUACCAUGAAUUGUUAGAAGGCAUGUGCAAAGAGACUGCCGAGUAUUUCGUGCGUUUCAAAGGAGAUUUCCGUCUUCUACGAGACAUUCAAGACAAAGGCAUUGACAGUACCAUAACGGAGCACUUGAAAGAUCUGAGAAAACAAGAACUGGAUGAGAUGGAAAAAGCUGCAUACACGAGAAUUCUGGUUCCAAAGUCUCGACUAGUGUUUGCUGUUUGCGAUCCUUACAAGAAACUGGAGUACGGAGAGUGCUACUUUAACCCCACGACGAUGGAAGACAACACAAGAGGUUUUAUCACCGAUCAGAAGUUUGUAGUGAUGCGAGAUCCAUGUUACCAUCCCGGGGACGUUCGUGUGUUGAAAAUGACGAGAGAAAAGCAAGGGUACGAGAACCUGAGGGACUGUCUGGUGCUACCCGUCGAAGGCCCACGCCCUCACGCGUUUGAAUGUUUUGGUGGCGACUUGGCUGGAAACAAGUUCUUUGUCAGCUGGGAUAAAAAUCUAACUCCGAGCUUAAAAGAGAACCCCUGCGAUUAUUCGCCGACAGUGGCAGCUCAAUUACGUGAGGCGUCCGCCAAAUCAGUAUCAAAGACAUUGGAAAAAUUCAGAAAGGGCCACAGGAGCAAGGAAUUGAAAUAUCGAGAAGAAAUGCUGGAGUACUUCGCCACAUUCUCAGAUGAAAUUCUAAGGAUGACUGAAGGAGAAUACAUGAGAUGUGCAACUGAAUUGGGCCCAUCAGCAAAGCAUUGCCGACAACUGAGCAAGUUGCUCUACCAAGCAGCAAGCUUGUCUGAAGAUAAUGGUAAGUUACGAAAAGAGCUCGAGCAAAAGAAGCCGUCGGUAAAAUUAGCAUUAAACUCGGGUUCACCAAAUGAUCAAGAGAUCUGGAAGAACAUUGACAAGAGAGCUAAAGACUUUGUUGAAAGAAUGCAACGGCGAAUAGACAAAAGUCAAGAUGGUCGUUGCGCUUAUGAAGGAGCUAAAACAGGAGCUAAAGGCAAGAAAACCGGCUCCAAUACCACAAGACACCUGAGCGAAUCAAAUGCGCGUCGAUUCGUCUCUCAAUCAGGCGGAGCGGAGGGGGUGGGGGUGUUCUACUUUCGAGAACGUGGAUUUAAUCAGUUUCCUUAUUGAUAUGUCUCAUUAUUUAGCUCUUAGCUGCGCUGGUAUUUCAUCAGUCCCAAUGACGUCACCGAGACCAACAAGCUCAUAAGGUUUUCUAUUUAACACCAAUUCUUUUCUUUCUUGGUUCUCGUCUGAUUCUAUUAAAGUUCAGCAAAACAGGAGACAUAAGUAAAAGUAAUAUAAAGAAACUAGAAACGAAGGUUUCAAAAUAAGUUCAGAAAAUAGCAUAGCAACAAGAAAAUCGAGAAUUGUUUAAUUUAUUCAUAGCUAGAGUAUCAAUGGCUUGAGAUCCUUAGCGGGAAAAAGCAUGAAGCCCACUCUUCUUCGCAAAACU